AUGCCUUCUCCCGGCCUGCCGCCCCCCGCCGCCGCACUCCUCGCCGACGUCGGCGCCCUCCGCCGUUCCUCCCGCGGCGGCAUCGCUUCUGGUUCCGCCUCCGCGCGCGCGCUGCACGGGCUCGCCGUCGCCGCGGGGUACGCGGGGGACACGUUCGUGGCGUCGGCCUUCACCAAGCUCUACUCCACGCUGUCGAGAGGCGAUGACGCACGCAGGGUGUUCGACGCUGUGCCGUCUCCGGACACGGUCCUCUGGAACACGCUGCUCGCCGCGCUGUCCGGCUCGGAGGCCAUGGAGAUGUUCGUGCGGAUGGUCAGGGCAGGAUCGGCGCAGCCUGACUCGACGACGCUGUCAUCCGUCCUGCCGGCAGCAGCGGAGGUUGCGGAUGUGACGAUGGGAAGGUGCGUUCGUGCCUUUGGGGAGAAAUGCGGAUUGGCACAAGACGAGCAUGUUGUGACGGCGCUCAUAUCACUGUAUGCCAAGUGCGGAGACAUGGAGUGUGCACGGCAUCUCUUUGACAGGAUGGUGGCGCCGGAUUUGGUUGCAUACAAUGCCUUGAUCUCAGGCUACUCGGUUAAUGGCAUGGUUGGAUCGUCGGUGGAGCUGUUUAAGGAUCUGGUGACCUUGGGCUUGAGGCCAACCUCGAGCACGUUGGUGGCGCUGAUCCCGGUGCACAGUCCGUUCGGGCAUGAACAGCUUACUCGGUGCUUACAUGCGUAUGUUGUCAAGGCUGGAUUUGAUGCCAAUGCUCCUGUAUCGACAUCACUUACCACUCUGUACUGUAGGUUAAACGACAUGGACUCUGCAAGGAAAGCCUUUGAUGCAAUGCCUGAAAAGACCAUGGAAUCAUGGAAUGCCAUGAUAUCGGGGUAUGCCCAGAAUGGUUUGACGGAGAAGGCCGUUGCACUCUUCCAGAAAAUGCAGGCGCUCAAUGUGCCACCAAAUCCGCUCACCAUCUCGAGCGCUCUGUCGGCCUGUGCACAGCUUGGAGCUUUGUCAUUGGGAAAGUGGGUACACAAGAUCAUCUCCAAGGAGAACCUCGAGCUCAAUGUUUAUGUCAUGACAGCGCUCAUUGACAUGUAUGUGAAGUGCGGAAGCAUUGCUGAAGCUCGCCGCAUCUUCGACAGAAUGGACAAUAAGAAUGUGGUCUCCUGGAAUGUGAUGAUCUCUGGAUAUGGCCUCCAUGGUCAAGGUGCUGAAGCUUUGAAGCUCUACAAGGACAUGCUGGAUGCAAACCUUCUUCCAACAAGCUCCACCUUCCUGUCAGUACUCUAUGCGUGCAGCCAUGGAGGAUUGGUUGAGGAAGGGCGGACAGCCUUCCGGUCAAUGACUAGCGAUUACGGGUUCACUCCAGGUAUCGAGCACUGCACUUGCAUGGUGGAUCUACUCGGCCGAGCUGGCCGGCUCAAGGAGGCUUAUGAGCUCAUCUCAGAGUUCCCCAAGAACGCCAUUGGACCUGGCGUAUGGGGGGCUUUACUUGCUGCUUGCAUGGUUCAUAAGGAUGCUGAACUUGCAAAAUUGGCCUCCCAGAAGUUGUUUGAACUAGAACCCGAGAACACUGGCUACUAUGUGCUGCUCUCCAAUCUGUACACGUCAAAGAAGCAGUACUCUGAAGCAGCUGGGGUGAGGCAGGAGGCCAAGAGCAAGAAGCUGGUGAAAACACCAGGGUGUACUCUAAUCGAGCUAGGUGACAAACCGCAUGUCUUCAUGGCUGGUGAUCGUGCUCACCCACAGUCAGACGCCAUCAAUUCGUACUUGGAGAAGCUAACUACAAAGAUGAUUGAGGCUGGGUACCGACCCGACACGGAGGCGGCAUUGUACGACGUCGAGGAGGAAGAGAAGGAGCAUAUGGUGAAAGUGCACAGCGAGAAGCUGGCCAUUGCCUUUGGAUUGCUCAAUACGGAACCUGGGACCGAGAUCAGGAUCAUCAAGAACCUUAGGGUGUGCCUGGACUGCCAUAACGCCACCAAGAUUAUUUCCAAGGUGACGCAGAGGCUGAUUGUGGUUAGGGACGCGUCGAGGUUUCACCAUUUCAGAGAUGGAAUUUGCUCCUGUGGUGAUUACUGGUGA